UACCAGCAUCAGCAAUCAGCAGCGAACAAAUUUCCAUUCUUGCAUCCCGUCGUCUUCCAAUCCUCACCCACCUAGCUAGCUAGCGCCAUGCCUCGUAAUCACGGGAAGGUCAAGAUCCAAUGGAUCGUCCAGAAAGCUGCGCGGAACGCGACGUUCCGGAAGCGCUGCGCCACGCUGCUGGAGAAGGCCAAGAAGCUCUCCGUCCUGUGCCAAAUCCCAGUGGCCAUGGUGGUGUACGGCCCCGAUAACGCCGAGCCGGCGUUCUGGCCGGAGAAUCUUGACGAGGCCAAGGGCAUCAUGCGGAGCUAUCUAGAGCUGCCUGAGGCCUCCAAGGAGACGCAAAGGCUGAACAACGAGGGCUUUCUGCGUAAUGCCUUGAAGAAGAUGCGGAAAAGGUUUGAGACCUACAAGGCCACCGCCGGCCAGCUCGAGGUAAACCUCAUCCUCAACGACGUCAGCCUCGGCCGCCGCAGCAACCUCGACGACCUGGCCCCUGAGCUCGCCGCCGCCGUCAGGUCCAACGUCGCCUUGCUCAGGAGCUCCGUCAACGAGCGCGUUAACUCGCUCACCUCGGCCGCAGCGGCAGUCGUUCUGCCACCGCUUGCACCGGAAGAAGCUGUGGCGGCGAUGCCUGUACCAUCGCAGGAGGAGCCACUGAUGGUGGCGCCACUUGCUAUGGCGCCGCCGAUGGUGGCGAACUCGCCGCUGUUUGUGCUGCCGUCGCCGCCGCUGGAUCCCGAUGUGCUGCUGGUGCCACCGCAGGAGCCCCUGAUGGCGCCGUCGCAGGAGCCACUCAUGGUGCCACCAUUUGCGAUGGCGCCACCAGCUGAUGUGCCGGUGCUGGUGCCGGUGCCACAUACGCUUCAGGCAGCGGUGGGGGAUCCUCUUGCCCCUGCUGCUGGUGUGGGUGUUGACGAUGACGACGGUUUUCCCCGGGAUGGAAGCUAUCUUCUUGAGGUGGCGGACGCCAUCUUGGACGAUGACAGUGGACGCCAGGCCACUGAAGAGGACGUCGACCGUCUGCUCUGGGAGCACGGCCUCGAGAGCUUCAUCAAGCCCAAGCCCUAAAGGGCUACCUGUUCAGGGGCAUGCAUGAAAUAAAAUUUAUCUUAUGAUUUGGUUUGUUUGAUUUCAAUUGUUGUGUCAGAUGGUAAGAGUAUCGUCAAGGUUAGGGUGAAAAGUGUCAGGAGUCCUCUGUCGAGUUAUUAGUCCUUAGACCAGGGCUAAAUGUAUCCAAAAUUUGAAUAU